CCCUCGCCUGAAUCUCUGGUUCUCCAUCAUUGUUCUCAAGUUCCACUUUGCCGGCGAGAAGAAAUCACCGAUCGAUCGGUUCGAGCGAGGAGCACGAGAGCUAAAGAUGCCUCUAGGGUUGAUUCUAGGGAUCGGAAGAACUUUUCGGAGGAAGCGAACGUCGUCGUUGGAUAUUCUGUCGUCGAAACGAGCACCGAGGGACUACUACAAGGGGAAGAACUGCAAACCCACUGGUUUCCACACCAGAAAAGGAGGAUAUGUUGUCCAGCCAGAGAAAUUGCCGAACUACGUGGUCCCUGAUCUGACCGACUUCGAGCUGAAGCCAUAUGUUUCUCAAGUCGCAAGAGAGAUCAAAACAGCCGAAUCAUCCACCACUGAAGCUUCCAAAUAAAACCAUGGUGGGAAAAAAAGAACACAGUCGCCGACAAAUUUGAUCUGCCGAGAAUCCGGGAAACGUUGCGAUUCAUUUUCCGAAAAUGCUGAAUCCGAUGGAAUUUGCUGAGGAGAAUUGUGGAUGUUGUUGUUCUUGUGCUUUGGUUUUUGGUGCUCAUUGCUAAUUGUGGCUUACGCUUAUGUUUUUUUUUCUUUGACCAAAUACAAACAUUCGAAUUUCGAAUACCCGAAAUUCAUAUAUCCAUUAAAGUUUCUAUUUA